AUGGAGAGUGGAAAUGCUUUUGAUGAAAUUGCACCAAGCUUUGCACCUAAAUCUGCAUCUUCAUCUUAUUCAUCGCUUCAAUGCGACAUUUUUAUUAAUCAUCGUGGACCCGAUGUGAAACAUACACUUGCCAGGACAAUCUACCAUAAACUCCAUCUCCAGGGAUUCCAGGCCUUUCUUGAUGAAGAAGUUCUUGAGGCCGGCGAUAUUAUUCCACAGGAGAUAAAAAGAGCAAUUGGUCGUGCAUACGUUCAUAUCGCCAUUUUUUCUCCUACCUAUGCCGAAUCCCCCUGGUGUUUGGCUGAGCUAUCCCUCAUGCUCAAAACAGGCACAACAAUCAUUCCCAUUUUCUAUCAUGUUGACCCCUCUGUCCUCAAAUGGAUUGCUCGAAGAGUAGACGAAAGCGCCCAAGGGAUCUCAGAGCACGAAAAGAAGGGUAGAUACAUCCCAGAAAAAUUCAUCCCAGAGAAACUUCAGAAGUGGUUGAAAGCGCUCUACGACGUUUACCUCAGAUGGUUUCCUUCAAAAGUGGACAAAAGCGCCCUAGAAAAACGAAUCUAUGUAGAUGCAUUCUCACAGCACAAAGAGAAGGAUAGAUACACCCCAGAGAAGCUUCAAGAGUGGAUGAAAGCACUCCACGACGUUUCAUUUGUCUCGGGGUAUAUGAUUAAAGAUGAUAGCGAGUAA